AUGGAGGGCCGCCUGGGGGUGGCCAACAAGCCAUCCAGGUCUUCUCAUCCCAAAGUCCCCAAAGUCGAAGAUGCCUUGCAUCCAUCGACAAAGAAGACGCUCGAUCUUGGUAGCCUGAAGCUGACCGAAGGCUUCCCCAGCCGUCCGGGAUAUGGUACCAAGGGUACCAAAGUUGAACUCACGGCAAAUUACGUCGAGCUAUUGCCCCCAUCAAACAUGGUUCUGCAUCGGUAUGACAUAGAGAUCAGCCCGGAGGCCGCUGGCAGGAUGUGUUUCAGGAUCGUGCAGCUACUGCUCCAGUCGUCGGAAAUGGCACCGCGCCAGGGCGACCUUGCAACUGACUUCCGGUCUACCCUCGUCUCCAAAGUUAAGUUUCCGCGUGACGAGACCAUUAUCGAGGUAUGCUACCGUUCGGAAGGCGAAGACGAGCCGGCGGCUAGAGCCACCACAUACAAGAUCCGCGUCCUAUAUACAAAGACUUUAAGUAUCGGCGAGUUGGUCAACUACCUGAACUCCACGAAUCUUAGCCAGUCGUUACGAGAUAAGCAGGAGUUGACGCAGGCCCUGAAUAUCUUUCUGAACCACUACGCCAAAUCCGCAAACAACCUUGCCACGAUUGGAUCGACGAAGAGCUUUUCCCUCAACCGAAACGCAGUAAGAGGAGAUCUCGGCUCCGGGCUUCUUUUCGAGCUUCGUGUCCAAACCACGCAUCUGCCCGAGAAGCGCAACAAAGCCAAUGAAGUGAUUCCCCGAGUCAAGACUAUCUUUGGGCUUGCCAAGAAGGAUGAUGGACAUCGCAUGGCCCACCCACCUCGCAUUAGACAGCAUGGAGCAGGCGCCAAAGAUGUCGAAUUCUGGCUUGACGGUGAAGCCAACUCCUCUAGAGCACCCAAGGCGGCAGCCAAGGGAGGCGCGAAAGGGAAGGGCAAGGGCAAUGAUAAGGCUCAGCCAGAGAGCUCGCAGCUUCUGGCUCCGGGAGGUACAUCACUGUUUUUGACCUUUUCAGAACAACAUCCCCAGCUUCCGUUGGUCAACUGCGGCAACCGGGAGAAUCCGAUGCAUCUCCCGGCAGGAGUCUGCGUUGUCUUCGCGGGCCAGCCCUCCAUGUCGAAGCUUGACGGCACCCAAACUCAACAGAUGAUUCGCCACGCUGUUCGAAAGCCGUGGGAGAAUGCGGUGUCGAUUGUUGGGGAGGGUAUACAGACUGUUGGUCUCGACGAGAACUCCAACGUGCUUUUGCGUUCUUUUGGCCUUAGAAUUACGCCAGGGCUCAUCAAAGUCCCCGGUCGCGUCCUCGUCUGCCCGAAGGUUAUCUACAGGCCUACAGGCCUACUACUACGAUCUGUAGCGGCUCGAUCCUUUUCAACGAAAAUGGAAAUGCAGCCAAUCGGUCUGAUGGGGCACACCCUGGUCCUCCUUUUUAGAUCAAAAAAAUGA